AUGCCUCCGAUAUCCUCCCAGCGGCGCGACUUCACCGAAGAGAAGCAGUCCCUCUCAGAUGAUGAUGUUGGCUUUCUCUACCAAGUUAUCACUCGCGCCGAAGGGAAACCCGAGGCUGCAAAAACCCCGUUCCGAGCGCUUUUUGCUGCUUACGACGAGGCAGUCAGUGAACAUGGCGUUGAUCCUGAUCCGGGCCAUGCCUGUUUGGGCUUUUUGUUCAAGAUGGGAAGCAAGAAUAUCGAAGGACUGACACUCUUCGACAAAUUUGAAAAUACGCUUCAACAUAUGGGAAUUGUAAUUGAGAUGGGCGACGAAGGCUCGACAGGCUUCAAUGAUACAGUGGCAGAUAGUCAUUACUUGGACGACGGCAUUCAUAGCCACAAUGGCCACCAACAUCACCCAAACCCCAUCACAAAUGGCACCCCAAUCACACCGAGGAGACGUGCAUCAUUCAACACCACAAUGGAUAUUGGCGAGGAUGCUACACAACGCAGUUUUAUUGAACGGCCGAGCUCUAGAUCUUCUAUGUCACGACUUCAAACCGGGAAACCCGACUUUGCAAAGCAUAAACUGUCACCAAAACUCAACGCCUCCAAUUCCACACCUCAAUCGCCAGACCGCACACAGUUGAUCGCUCAGUUUUUAGACGUCGGACGUCGAUUGAUAAGCAGAUUCGAUAGUGUCCAGAAUAAAAAAGUGGAUCCAGAAGAGGCGCCUUUGACGAACGGAGUGCUUGCGCGGGCGGCUGUUGACCGUGAGCGCUCUCAGAGAAUGGUAGCUUCUUCACAAUCCCGGCACACACCUUCUGUUACCUCUUCGGACAGUGCGGAAUCCGAGGAUUCAUAUUCCAGUGUGCCAGAAGCGGAGCAUGACUCGGUUGACAAGCAACCACCACCACCCGAAAACAUUUACCAACCCCAAAUCUCCGAUAUGCUUCGGGAUGCUGAUACUUUCAACAUGUACCGACAGCGGGCGAUUCAUCGCACGAUAUUUCGGCAAUGGUUUAAACGCGCUUUCCAGGCUUCUCAGACCCGUGAGAAGAGGGAAUCCAUUGCUAUAAAUCGUGACCGUGGCACCUUGCUUCGACAGGCGUUCGAGCCAUGGCUUGCAAUAAUUCAGCAAAAACGGCAUGCCGCUAGAACGGACCGUUUCUUUAAACACCUUGAUGAACGUGCCAAUCGUGCUCGGAAUCUAUAUUUGAUGACGAAAGCAUUCACCCACUGGGCCCAAUUCACAUCCGAAGAAGUUGCUCGGACAUCUGCAGCUCGGCGGCAUGUUCUGAGUAUCAAAUACUUCAAUGCUUGGCGUGAGAUCACUGCUGUGAACGAGCUAAAAGCACAGCGUUUUGCGUUGCAGAGACCAUUUAACAAGUGGCGCAAAAAGCUUUUGAAUGUCAAGCAGGCCGAGGGUCAAGCGGUCACGAUGCACCAGAAGAGUUUACAACAUGCCUCAUAUUGGCAAUGGUUCUGGGGCUUUUGUGAGCGUCGUGCGCCUGAAUGGUAUGAUUACCGGCUCAAGAGGCGCUCGCUUCUUUACUGGUUGCAAAACUUUCGCACCAAUCGAGAGCGUGAUCACGAGAUAGCUGUGCAUAACAGGCGAUGCGCCCUAGGAUCCGCGCUUCAAGUGUGGUCACAGAGGGUAAGAGCAAUUGGAUCUGCACAACAGCUAGCCGAAAAAACUCAGCGCCACUUAGCCUUGACAGAAGCUUUUGGUGAAUGGAAGAUUCAGUCUCGGCUAGCCCCCGCAGCCUCUCGAAUCACAGAUAUGGUGGAUACCAGGGUACUUCGAAAUGCUCUCUCAAAAUGGAUUUCUCGGGCUCGAAUGAUGGAGCGAGCACAGGAGCUGGAUCAACAGAGAAUCCAGCGUAAUGCAUGGACUUCUUGGAAUGAUACACUGCGCUGCUUAGCUCUCCGUGCGCGGAUUGAUGAGCGGUUGAAAAUGGAAAUCAUGUACAAGUGGAUUGUUAUGGAAAGAUUCCAGCUUAUGCGCAGAAUCCACGAGCAGCGUAUCAAACGAGAAGUGUUUACUCGAUUUGUUACGAACACUCGAGAUACCUACACACGGUUGUUGUUUAAUGCGGAAGCUCACGAGGAGAAUCGGACAGAAGAUCUGGCACGUUCCAAAUUAGCUCUCUGGCGAGAACGACUGGUAAUCCAACGUGAGCGCGAGUAUACUGCCUUUGAGUUCUAUGCCCCUAGGCUGGCACAAGAAUCUCUUAUGGCUUGGAGAUCGAAACAUGAGCAAAAUAAGAAGAUGGAAGGGUGGGCCAACGAUGCACGCUUUUACUUUUUGAUGAAGCGAACCUUGCAGGAUUGGCGUCAAGCCACACUAGACUCUGCCAAGCGACGGCGAAAGGAAGCAUAUGCCAAAGUGCGAAGAAAGAUCAAGAUGAAUUUAGCUUCUAAUGCCCUCGCCACUUGGAGGUCCAAAACCCAUGCUAUCAUGGACAUGGACCAGCAAGCCGAAGAUGUUGAUCGUGGCAAAGUGCUUGAAGAUUCAUUUGAGUGCUUCUCUCGAUGGCAUGGCAAAGCUUUGAAAAGAGUACAGGAUUACCAGGAUGCUGAUUAUCACUAUCUGCGUCAAGUAGCCUUUGACCAACUCAUCCAAAUGUCGGAGACCUUUGUCAUUCGCCGUGAGAUGGAAGACGAAGCAGAUAAUUUCCAUCGCGCCCACAUUCUCCAACAAGCCGGAGGAGCACUUCGCAAGCUAAGCCUGCGAAUUUUCCAGAUGAGGAACACAGUCGAGACUUCUGAAGCAAUGCGUGAACGGACCUUAAGAAAACAUUCGAGAAAUUACUUCCGUCACUGGUUAGAGGAGGCCCGACUCAAAUUCGAAGCACGGGACUCACCGGGCCCCUCGUUGGGCCCAUCACUGACUCCCGGUCGAUUCUCCAAUGCCCCUCACGUCAAUGGGAAUGGAGCCUUGUUUGACCCGUGGUACCGGAAUCCAGCUGAGACCCCCUUUAAACUUGCCGAUAUCACUGCAACUUCCCAAGAGCACGUCUCCGCAAGCCCACUAGCCACUCCGAACUACCUGACAUCGCCAUCCAAGCGAGCUGCACGCGCGAGAGCACUGGCCCAGAUGUCCAACACCCCCGCCACCCCCUUACACACCCCAUUUGCUAGCCGGCUGCUACGUGCUGAGUCCUCUACCGGGCGAUCCGCUUCCUCUCUACGACCUCGUACUGGCCGUGGGAAUUCCAUCGCAACAAGUGUUCGAUUCGCGGACGACGAUCUUCCCGAGUCCCCGACAGACGGUCGCAAAUCUGCAAGUCGACGGCCUUGA